CCCCGCCCCUCCCCGCUCCGGUGCGCGACUCAGCCGCCGCUCCGGGCAGGGAGGAAGGGCUGGGAGCCGCCUCCCGCUGCCCCCGGCCGCCCCCUCCCCAUGCAGCCCGGCCCGCCGCUGGGAGCCCUCCCCGGGGGGAUGUUUCUGCGGCCGCUGCCGGGAUAACCGGCGCGCCGCCCGCCCCCGCCCCGGACGGAGGAUGCUGCCCGCGCCGUGGCGGGCUCCGACUCGGGCAGCAGCGGCCGCGUCCGCCUCCUCGGCUCCGGGCAGCGUCGCCGGGGAGAGAUGAGUUCGCGGCACCAGGCGGACUGGAUCCCUUACAGUGUUCUGGAUGAUGAGGGGAGCAGCCUGCGUCAGCAGAAGCUUGACAGACAGAGAGCACUGCUGGAACAGAAGCAGAAAAAGAAGCGCCAGGAGCCACUGAUGGUUCAGUCCAACGUGGACAGCCGGGCAAGGACGCGCAGGACGAAGCAUUCGGAGGAGCAGGCCCCACUGGUCGAAUCCUAUCUCAACAGCAACAGCAGCACCAUAUAUCAUGCAGUGCAAGAGGCUGAACAGGAAGAUGUAAAGGUGGUAGUGGACACCCAAGCUCCGAAACCAACUAAAAAAACCAAGGCAGCAGCUGCGAGCUGUCAGAGUAGCAGCACCAGAAAGGAGAAAAAAGGGAAACACAAAGGAAUUGAUGGCCCAGCUGCUUUUCAAGAUGAUGUUCAGAAGAUAGGAAGUCAAGUGCAGAUUCUCACUGUUGGACAGUCUAGCCAUGAUGAAGAUGAUGGCGAGAAAGUGGCUACUGGCCAACAACAGCAAAGCAAGCAAGAUCUUAGAACAGCAAUGCAGAAGAAAGAUCCCCAUGCAAAUACAUCCUGGUCCUCUUCCACCUCCCAAUCCAGUCUUGUCGCCCUGGAUCACGUUCCUGGCAUUUCAAGUAGCAUGAAUUUUGAUGAGGAAGAAGAUGAGGAGGAUGAAGACAGCUCCAGUUCUUCACAGUUAAACAGUAACACCCGGCCUGGUUCUGCAACGAGCAAGAAAUCCAAUAAGGAAGCGGCCUCAGCCCCCAGUCCUUCCACAAAUGAGCCUCUCAUAGAUGUGGAUGACCUGGAGGAGUUUGCUGUCAGACCUGCCCCACAGGGGGUCACCGUCAAGUGCAGGAUCACAAGAGACAAGAAGGGAAUGGACCGAGGGAUGUACCCUACUUAUUACCUCCACUUGGAAAGGGAGCAUGGUAAAAAGGUGUUUCUGUUGGCUGGAAGGAAACGAAAGAAGAGUAAAACCUCUAAUUACCUCAUCUCUAUAGACCCAACUGACCUGUCUCGGGGUGGAGAGAGUUUUAUUGGAAAACUGAGAUCAAAUCUUAUGGGAACUAAGUUUACAGUUUAUGACAAUGGAGUAAAUCCAAUGAAAACAACAUCCAGCCUGGAGGCGAGUACCCUGCGUCAGGAGCUAGCUGCUAUUUGUUAUGAAACAAAUGUCCUGGGGUUUAAAGGACCUCGUAAAAUGAGCGUGAUCAUACCAGGAAUGAAUAUGGAUCAUGAAAGAGUUUCCAUCAGACCACGAAAUGAACAUGAGACACUUCUUGCAAGGUGGCAGAACAAAAAUACGGAAAGUGUCAUUGAGCUGCACAACAAAACCCCAGUCUGGAAUGAUGAUACCCAGUCCUAUGUUCUGAAUUUCCAUGGUCGAGUCACCCAGGCCUCGGUGAAGAACUUCCAGAUUAUCCAUGAUAAUGAUCCUGACUACAUUGUGAUGCAGUUUGGCCGCGUGGCUGAGGAUGUGUUCACCAUGGACUACAACUACCCAAUGUGUGCACUACAAGCCUUUUCCAUUGCCCUUUCCAGUUUUGACAGCAAGCUGGCUUGUGAGUAAAGGGGCGUGGGUGAGCAUCCUCUCGAAGGAAGCAGUUUGCCAUAUGAUUCCCAAUUCCUGCUGGUGUCGCUUAUGGUCCAUACUAAAAAGGUCAGGGAAAAAUACAGUUGUGGAGGACCACUCUGUUGCUGAAGAGAAAGUAAAAGGAAUCUUCUAAAAAUUCAGGACAUUCAGGAAAUUAUACUUUCCUUUUUUUUUUCUGUCAUAUUUUUCUGGAAGUGACAUCAAGUUUUUUGUAAAUAGGAAUUGUCUCUCACGUCCCUGGUUAUGUUAUGGGUGUGUGCCAUGAUGUACUGUACCGUGGCUCCUGUAGCACCAUGACAGUGGUGUCUUUUUUAAAAUCCAGAAUGGGCGUGAGUGCUCCAAAAGUUUCUUUUUACAUUUAAGAAUCAUUCCGAGGCUGCAAUCGUACCUCAAGGUUGCAUUCCUGUAUCAACUAAUCAGAGCUUCACAUCAUCCAGCGUAAGAGAAAGAUGAGGAAAAAAGAUGCACUUUUUUUUCUUUUUUUUUUUUUUUUUUUUUUUGAUUGUGCAAGGAUCUCAUGUAGUAUAAAGCCGAGUCUGAAGGUUGAAAACCUCUACUGGACUGAACUUGAUGCAUUGCUAUUGUACAUGUAGUAGGGCAUGAUGAAUUUUAAUUGCAGUAGGAGGGAAUGGAGAAGUGGAAAGCACAAAAUAAUGUUGCACAAGUCACUUGAAUUCUAAGCUGUCAUUAUGUUUUAACAUCUACAUGCUUUUUAAUUUGUUUCAAAUGGAAAUGUAUUUGCAGUACAGAAAGGGAAAAGGAAAACAUCUCAAUGCCAAGAAAGCAUAACUUAUGUUGAAUUUGGCAUUUUGUGGGCUGGGAAUUUAUAUCCUUGUAUUGCUGUGGUAAUUCAAACACAUAUUUUGUAUGAAGUGAUAUAAACAAUUGGAUAAAGGCACUCUGCAGAGAGUCUGAUUAUUUUGAACAGGCUGUGUAAAGCUGAGGAAGGUAAAUGGAAAUAUUUUAUUAAAUUUGUCUGGCCUUUUGAGCUAUUAAAAUUUGUUGAUCUCAUUUUUUGAACUUUGAGCAACAGCCACUUUUCAUAUUUAUUUCCCAUUGUAAGAAUGCUUGAAAUCAAUUGAAACUGUGUAUGUUGUUCUCUGAUGUAAACGUGCCAGCUACUGAGCUAAAUCCUUCUAGGCAAAUCUAGUGUAUGCUGCAUACAAAUGAGACACUGGCAGACCACAGAAUAGCUUAAAAUAGUGCAGAUUUUGCGUUUCCAUUUUUCUGAUCUAUCUGGAAUAUAUAGACAAAUACCAUUUCAAAACAAAACACAAGCAAAGAACAAACAAAGAACAUUGUUAUCUUCUGUCCUGAACAUUUCAAAAGCCAGGAGCUGCAACUUGAAAGCACAUUGUAAAAAUAAUGGUCACACAUCUUCAAAAAUAAUGGUCUUGCUGCCAUUUUCUGUGCAAUGUUGUCAGAAUGGCACUCAGAGUAACAGAAUUUAUGAUCACCAGAAGGGUGUGGAAAUGUGAGUGAAGUAGUAGCUGUGUUUUAUACUGUGUGUAUUCAGGCCCUCCUUUUUAUUCCUUAUAAACUCCUGUACUGCACAACCAGAGAUUAUGCAAUGUAAAAAUGAGAUCCAAUCUGAUUGUCUCAUAGUUGACAGGCCCUUUUUGACUGUAGGGGACAGGCCAUAAAGCUCAAGGUUGUGCCAUUUGGACUGUAUAAUUUCAACGAACUAAAUAAAUAUGCUCUUCACCUUUGCCUUCAGCUUUCCUUCCCAGUAUACAGACAAAGGAAUUUCAGAUAAGAGAUGAAAAUAAAUAAUUACCAGCAGUUUUUCUAAUAUUUUAAACAAUCUCUGGGAAGAAAGUCUGCUGGCUUUAAACAGUGUUUGAUUGAUAGACUCAGCAUGUCAAAUAUUCUGUUUAAUUAACAGGAAGCUCUGUCUUUUUUUUUUCCCUCACCUUUUUGCAAGGAGCCUUUCCAUGCAAUAGUAUAAAAUGGAAAGACACCUUUUGUUUGAGAGAAAGGAGCAUGGGUUCCCUCCAUGAAUGAUCCAAGUGCUGAGUCAUGAGCUGCAGGGCGAUUCUUUGGCUUUGCACAUGGGUGCUUUGUUUUUCACUGUAGCUGGUGGUUUCCCACAAUUUCACAUCCCCAUGUGUCAUCUCACUGUGGAUUUAACACAGAAGGCCCUUAGGCCUUUGCUUACCUCAUAUCAGCCUUUAAAAACUAGCUCCCAGUGACCACCAGAAUUUUUUGUUUGCACUACUACAAAACCAGUCAGAAUUCCCAGUGCUGUUAUUUGGGUGUGAUGUGGAUUUGAAGAACUCUGCAGCAGGGGAAUGGCUGAAUCUGCAUGGCUCGAAUUCUGUGCCUUGCCCAUCACACGCUCACUUUAGAGCCUGAGAAAAUGGCACCUGACACAGUUUUCUGCCUCUCUCCGGGCACAAGACUGUGACAAAGGAACUGAGUGUCUCAUGGUGCAAAUACACAAUCUGCUGGCUUUAGUGGUGGAGCUGGUUUAGGAAUGGUUAUUUUUAACCCAGAUCAUAACAAUGGUCUGACUCACAUCAUGGUCCCCCCAGGGAACUGGCAUGAAAGGAAACUCAUGUGCAGUGAACUCCUGCACAAGGGUGAGAAUGAAGGGCUGGGGAAAGGCUGCAAGUUCAGCAUCUUGGGACAAUUCUGCUGCCAGCACAUUGUGUAACUUCACUCUCACUGCAUGUUCUCCCCAGCCAGGUAUUUUUUUUUUAACCUGUAACCAUGCCAGGAGGAAAGGGGUGGCUCAAAUUCCCAUCAUCUGGACAGAAUCGUUCAGGGCCAUCAGCCAACGAGCUGCUGAGGGAAAAACUCCCCACAAUAAAUUGAGGUCACUAGAGGGGGAUGUUAACUUGGGACUAGGAAUGAGAAAUUCUCAUUGAAUCUGGUUCAGUUAGAAUAGGAUUUGCUCCUAAUGCCCUUUGCCAAAACCCUAAUUUCUCACUAUUGUUAAGCAUGGUACUGGGUUUGACUCACUUGGCCUUCACCAUCUACUCUGGAAGCGGUUUCAGUGAUUAAUUUUGAAUCUAUAUAAUUUCUGAUAGAUAAUUUUUCCUGGAUAUUUUCUGGUAAAUGUCACAUGCAAGGUGGUGCCACAAGCUUUCCAGCAGAUCUCUAAAUUAUGUCCUCUUAACUUGGAAAGGUCAAACCAGGCUCUGUCUUAGCAAAGAGUAAUACCUGAAAUUACAUUUUCCUCACAAAAUUGCAUUUUCUUCCCCAUCAGUAAUAAAAUCUUGGUACUAGUAAGUAUUUUCAGAGGCAUGUGCACACUGAAGUAGCCAAGGAGUAGUUGGUGGUACACUCCUGUUAGUAACUUCUGCUGGGCCUGCAUUCAGUGUGCAGCAGGGCAUAACCUUGUUUAUUCAGUGUGACAAAGAAUGGAAUGGCCCCAAGCUGUGUAUUUCCUUCACACAGUCUUAGUGAAUGCUUGGAUACAGUAGAUUUAAUGUUAUUUAAAAUCCCAAUAUUGAUGAUUUUUUUUGCAUCUGCUGUUGAUUUUGGCAGAGUUGUAAACAAAUUCCUUGCCUGAAUUGCUUUUGGGUAAAUGCUGCAUGCUUUAAUGAGAGUUCUUAAUCUAACUUGUCACUCUGUUUACAUCAAACAGUUUCUUCCUGGCCCUUUAUCUAAUUUUCUUCAUCUCUGAUGUUCUGUUUCCUUCUCAUUCUCUUUCUAAUUCCUUUAUCUGCUCUUCAAGGAUGUGCAGCUCAAAAGUGUUUGACAAUAUUGCUCAGUGAUCUCUCCACAGAUGAAUAAUGCCUUUGGUGCACAUUCAGUGAUGCUCCUACAGUAGAAGCCUUAUCAGAGGGGUGAAUUUGGCCCUUUGGCUUUUCAGUAGAGUAAAUUAACACAUUAAAAGGUAGCAGAUAAAAAAGCUUGCCUAAAAUGUAAUCAGAAUUUUUCUCAGUAAACAUUCAGUUUUCCAAAGCAUUGGUUGCAAGUGAGCAGAGCUGUCCACAAGCCUGGAGGCAGGCUGUUAGAUUCCCUUUGUAGUGCUGCCUUAUUUUUCUUUUUCUUUUUCUUUUUUUUUUUUUUUUUUUUCCAAAAGGUUGAAAGUGAUUUUGUGAACUGAAUUGUGUUGGUGGCCUAAAAUAGUUUAUUUUUUAGAAGCUAGGCAUCGCUCUGUUCCUUUUGUAGGAUAAUAUAUAGCACAUAAAACAGUAAUGUCAUAGGCUCUUGUUAUAAAUUCUGCUGUUAAAAAAUCAGUGAGAAUGUUUUUGUAAUAAUUACUGGGCAAAUCUCUUCAAGUUGCCUUAUAAUAGUGCUGGAGUUCCCAGCUGGCUGUCCUCAUGAGGUUCUAGCACUGAAGGAGUUGGAGUGAAGCUCUGUAAUAAAAUCUGGUGGCUGCACAAUUGAAAAAUAUCAUUGUGGAGUCAAAUGCCACCACAGAAUUUUAUCAGUCAUGGGGAACCAAUGCCAUCAAUUCAAACUUUCUGAGGUUUUGCUCCCUUGUGGUGAAUAAAGGAGGGGCUUUAAACAAGCAGAGACACCUGCUCACUUUUAGAGUGAACUCUCUAAAAGUAUUGGGCAUUAGACCUACUUUUGUGCUAUUAGAAUCUUACCCCUACCUGGGUAAUGCCCAUUAAAAAAAUCAGAACAUCAAUCCAGUCCAUACUAUGGAAAAUCAUUCUCAGUUCUUGUGUCAUAGCUUUUUACAAAUUUUUUUAUUAAUUAAUUUGUGAUUUCACAUAAGGAUAAAACAAGGAUGGGGAAAGAGUUUUUGCCUGAAGGGAUGAUGAGUCUAGAGCAAUAUCAGAUUAUUUUGGUUGUUUAUUGUAGUAGGAAAAUACAUGGGGUUGCCUGGUGUUCUGGGCAGAGGAGGUUUCUCCUAAUAUAUUGCAGGUGCCAGAGGGAAGAUUUUGGGUUUGAUCCUGUGACAUUCUAACUGUUUGCCCCACACUAUCCCAUUGCUCUCCUAAAACAUCAUUUGUGAGAUUUUUUCCUGCUUUUACAGAAGCCUGUGCUCACCAAUCAGAUAUCUUUGCUUGGCAAUUAAGGACAGCACAGCAGUCACCUUUAAUAGAAUUAUGGGUAAUGACUCAGAUUUCUCAAAAGGCCUCAUUUUGAUUAUUAGAAUAAAGUAGUUUUAUACAUAUAAAUCUUGCAGUAGAGUUAAUCUAACUGUAGGUGCAGGCUUCUCUUGUAUGUGCUACUUAAUGCAAUCAGGUUCCUGUUGUUCCUCAUGUACAAAACGUACCUUCCAGGGUUCUGCUCUGUGAGUGUUUGAAAUUAAUUAUGUAGGUAUUCAUCAGUUCUUUUUGUUGCUUGCCAAGGAACUAAGAAAAGAAUUUGCACAACUAUCUCAAUGCUUUGGUGUUUUGCUAUGAACUAUAGCUCAGUAGCUGAUACUCACAAAUGCCUGUAUAUUGGAUGAAAAUGCAUUAAAACUUAUUUUGUAUGUUGUAUUUUAUUUAACUGCCUAUACAUUUUCGGUUACCCUUUUUCAGUAAGGGUAUGUCUAGCUAUACCUGCACUGAGAAGAUUUGAAUUAAGUGGCUUUUCUGAAACUCUUUAAUGGAACCAGUACCCUGGUUGCUGAACGGCUCUAGGAAGAGAACACUGUUAAGAAAAAUUGUGCACACAUUUUUGAGAGAAAACCUUCCCUAUUCACAUCAUAAUUGGAUUAUACAAUAACACUGGAAGCUUAUCAUGGUUUUAUUUAAGUCUUCAGUGGCAGUUUGAAAAUUACUCUGACAAAAGCUUGUUAAGCACACGGACUCUAACAAAGUCCUGCUGGAGAGUCAGAACCUCACAAGUACCUGGAAUACUUGUGAUCUAUUCUGUGCUUGUGUACAGCCAAAAAAAAAAAAAAAAAAAAGUCCUGAAGAGUCAAAAUCUGUGUUAAAGUCAACACAGUCUUCUAGGCUGAUCCCUGAUCCAACACAGGCCUAGGGAUCAGGUCACCUGGGCUUUAAUCCCAACAGAGUGUCUGACUGUGCAAAUCUUGGAACCUCUUUGUGCCUCACUUCCAAUGGGUUGAAUGGAACUCCUGGGUUUUGGCCUGGCUGUGUCCAUCUCUGCUCUGCUGAGAGGAUUUCCAGGAGUGCUUUGAGGCUGGUGCAUGACAGGUGGUGUUGCUGUGCUCAGAACUCAAGUUAAUGCUCCCUAACCAACCAAAAUAUGAAGUUUUCUGCUUUCUAUGUAGAAACCACGUAACUGACCAAUCUCCUAGGAUCAAAUCUUGAUGCUGUUGAAUUCUUGUCAAGGAUUUAAGUGAGGCUUCAUUUUUUUUAACCUUGUGUUAUUUUUGGUUACUAAAAGUGCAGAAAAAAACAGUAAGGACAAACCAUCUGAUACACUAUUCCUUCUGACAGUGUGUGUUAUUGGUUGUGUUUUACUUUGCAGCAUCUGCUGUUUUAAAACUAUUAUUCCUGAACACAUUGCAGAGGUUCAGUUAAUGCAAUCACCUAUUUAUGCUUUUAUGUAGCAAACUGAGACACUUGGCAAUUGUGCUGCAAAUUGCCUUUUUCUAUUUUUGUUUGCUUUUUUCCUUUCCCUUGGAUGUGACUCAGUUGUUCAGAAUUAUUGUUACUGCCCCCUUUGACUGUCAUGCACAUCUGAUUUAAAAACAAUGAGCCUCAUGAUUUCCACCUUUAUACUCCCUUUAUACUCAGCUGGGAUGUUUACAGUGUUUCUCACAUUUCACCCUGCAUCUGUGGCUUCUUAGUGAGGCUGUCCCAGUUGGCGCAAUGCCAUUAGAAGUGUCAGUAAUUUAUGAAGUGUAAGAGUAAUUCUCAAAGUAACAGAAUGUAAUUUAUACACAUUUUUAUAGAUUUUAACAUUAAAUCUAGCUAGGUUUAAUGCUUACAGUUUGGAUGAAAUUGCAAGGAGGUUAUUUGUUCAGAAUUUUCUUUUCUUAAGCUUGGUUUGCAGCUUGAGUUUGCAUUUAGGAGAUAUAGUAAGCUUUAGUAAGCUUCUGAUCCUGCAGCUCCAUGCAGAUUGCCAGACUGUGACUGCAGCAAGCUGUCAGUGAUGAGGACACACUAAGUGAUGAGAAUUCCAAAGUCCUGGCAAGAGUGCACUUCUUAACUCUCUUAGGCACUCUUGAGCAUCAUGUAGGUAAUCAUGUACCUUUCCUAUAUUGACUUACUUACCAAAUAACAGCAGGAAUAUUUUCACUCCUUUUGAAUUUUAAAUUAUUUUUUUAAGGCCUACUAUCUAGGUAAGUGUAAUCUUAACAUUUACUCUUGAUGUGCUGGAAAAUUACAUCAUGAGAUCACGUAUUUUGCCACUGUACAAAACCUCACCGGUACACGAAAUCAGAGUGUUGGGUGGACUUUGGACACUGCUCAUGGAAUCAGUAAGGUUGGAAAAGACCUUCAAGACCAUCAAGUCCAGCCUUUGAUGUUCAGUGUUCACAAAAGUUUAGGAGCUCUGGCACCUCAUAGCAGGAGGUCUUCAUUCCUGAAGUCUGAGUCAGAAGAAGAUAACCCAAUUAUUACCAUCCUGUUCUCUUCCCUAGGGAGAAUCUCCUGGCCUUCUAGAAGUAGAACUUUCUUGAUCCUGAUGUGUCUUUAAAUAUUACAGCAUUUUUAAGUUAUUUAAAAAAUAUUUUCAAAGAUGUGGUUUAAGCUCAAAUAAAACAGUCUUUCAAGUAGUUAGAGGUGUACCAAGUAGGCUUGGUUGAGAAGCAGCUGCUUUUCCCAGUAAUUUCCUCAGCUGUGGUAUGAGCAGAGCUUGAUAGUCCUGAUGGAAAAAAGCAUAACAUAGCUAUUAUAUUUUAUAUAUAUAUAUCUAUAUAUCUCAGCAUAUUAUAUAAUAAUAUGCUUUCCUUGGGUUUUGCCUAAUGAUGCUGCUGAUUUGUGCACCACGACAUUUUCUGAAGGGCAAAAUUUUCAGUACUAAACACAAAUAGAGCUGUGUUUUCUAGUAAAGACUCUGCCUCAUUUCCUGUUGCCUUACAUGUGGUUUGGUAUUUGUUACUAAAAAUAUAAACUUUUCAUCCAAGAAAAAAAAAAAACCAGGAUUUCUAGACAAAAUCACUGACAUUUAGUGCUGUAUGGCUGGGUUGGCAGAAGGCUUUUUUUCCCAAUCAGGAAUGUUAUUAUUCCUUACUGUUCCAGCUGUUGCCAUGGGUGAGCACUAGGAGACAGAGGGUCUUCAUUUUGAACUUCAUCCUGAAGACUAAACGGUUUCACUUUAGAAUACUGGAAAAGCAAACCAUGUAACUACAGAGUUUUCAUCAGGCAACUAAGUUGCACUGAAAUUGAGUUUUGUGCAAAUUAAUUUAUGAGAAUGACCCCAAACAACAUGGGAACACUGAACAAGUGUCAGGAACUGAAAAGUUGCUCAGCAAAAUAUUUAAAUCAAGCCCACUGAGUUUUCCUAAGUAAAAAAAAAAAAAAAAAAAAACAAAAAACCAAAAAAACCCACAAACGAACAAUGAGGCUCUAUUUCAUUCCUAAUUGUAUUUAGUUGGGGACUCAGUGUUUUUUUAUAAAAAGAAUGAAAAGAAAUUUUGUAUACUGUUAGUUCAAAGUUCUGUUUUAAAGUAGGGCUGCAGCAGAGAUGUGUAGUCUUACAAGAUUUCUAACAGUGUCACCUCAAAGCUGAUUGUGGAAUAUAGCUCUGAGGAAUUCUCAAGAAUUACUCAAUCCAGUGAUACUAUGACAAGGUUUUUGUUGGUUUUCUUUUCUUUCCGGAAAAUCCCCAAGCCUGUUUCCCAAAGCACCAUUUAUUCUGUCUUUUGGACUACACUGCACAAGUCCAUGAGGUUGAAUUCCUAUUUGGUAUCACUUCAAAUACUUUCUUGCAGGUGGUAGAUGCUUUUCAGCUUCAUGGUAAUCUGUGUUACUGAAAUUCCUUGUUUUGCUUUAAUUUCCCUGAUUUUUUUUUCCAUCCCACCUAUAACCUUCUCUUCUUUCAAACGUGCAGGUUUUUCCAUAUGGGGGACACUCCAGAACACUAAGUCAGUGAAAGCUCUAUAAAGUCAAUAUCUGUGAAUUAAAGUGUGUUAAAUCCCUGUGUAUAUGUUCUCAUUUUGAAGUAGGGUGGCCUUCAGUUCUGGUUGCAUAAUCUUCCAUUUGGGUAUUCAUCAGGUUGGCAUUUCAAGGUUGUUGGGGAAUUUUAAAGUGCUGAGCAGGUUUCAGACCAAGCCCUGAUGAACAUGUAAAGGGAUUCACCCCUCUGCACUCUCAGGGUGGCACUUAGGACUUACUGUGCCACGUUUUUCGGCUUCCUGAACUCAAAGCUCAGCACCUGCACAGCAGAGGCCACAUUUCCCAAGUCCUGUUUUCCCAGUGCAGUUGUUUUCAGCACUCUCUGAUUUAUUGCCACUUGUAUGAUGAAUUUAAGUUUCCUGACAACAAUGUGCUUUCUGCUUGGGAUGUUGUGGCUGCCAGGAUGCUUUACUAGUGUAGCAGAGCUUGACUCUAGGAUCAUGAUGUAAACGAUGCCCAUAGAAGUAGGUUUAUUUUACAGCGCCCAUCGGAGGGUAUGCUUGUUUCUCAGAAAAUAAUCUUCCUUUCUCUUUUUCUUCCUCAUUUCUUUCUGCCUGGAUCUGGAGGAUGAGAGCCCCUCUUAGCAUUCAUGCAAGCCAUGUCAGGAAAGCACACACAGCAGGUUUCUCAUGGAGACAUGCAGCUCUCACAUGCUCACUGUCACACUGCUCUGUCACAGUGCAUGUUUGUCCCCCUGUGCUGUCCCCUACCUUGUGUGUCAGUCACCAGUCAGAGGACACGGCUGCAGAGACUUGCAUGGAAGCUUAGCAGAGAAAAUGCGGAACCGAAGCCAUUAAAUUACAGCUCUCCCAAUCCUGAAGAAAGAGCUCCUCCUGAAGGCAAAACCCGGGACCUGAGGCUCUUUAAGUUAAUUGAACUUUCCUUGUGUUCACAGUGCAUUUCAGAAGAGAUCACCUUGUUGUUAUACUUGCACUAUUUUGAGCCCUAAACCCAGAAAAAGGCAGCACAGAAUCCAAGGAGUGCAGUUGCAGAGAAGCAAACCCAAGUGCAAGCAAGCUCCACUUGCAGAUGUGGAGGAAGUCCAGCAUGCAGGCUGGGCAGUGGGACGUGCUGGGAAUGGCAGGAGGGUGAUCCCCUGCCAGAGAAUGAAUGGGCACACUGCUUGGCACUGCUUGGAGGGAGUAAUGGGAUUCAGUGUUCGGUGAUAGACUGAUGGUCACUGCUUAUCUUGUGUUAUAUUGGCAAGAACUCUGUCCAUACUACUUGUUUCUCAUCUAAACUGCUCAAUUUCUGUACAUAUUUCUUCAUUAUGUCAUUUUCACUCAUUUAUUUCCAUGUCAGACCUAAUCCCCAGCCUGCUGGUGUAGGCAGUGUUUCUUUCUAACUUCCGUUGUGUCACCAUAAUGCCACACUUGUGUGUCCCUGCCAGAGUCCUCGUGUCUUCUUGUCUUUGUUUAAAUGUGGGCUUAACUGGAUCACAAAAAUUGGGCAUUACUGGCACGAACACUUCAGAAAAUUUGAUUUGGAGGGGAGGCCAAAAUUUGCUCUUACAUACAUCCCAUGAAGACUUGUAGACACUCAAACGGGGGAUCUAGAAUAUCUGUUGGUGAAAAAUGUUCAUCUUUUCCAUUAAAUGUGCUGCCAAGUUCAGUGAUGUCAUUACUGCUACUCCACAGAGCAUUUAGAAAAAACGAAACCUUGCCCAUGAUUUAAGGGUGGAACUGAACCUGCAGAAGGACUAGCAAAUCACAGGGAGUUUCCCUAAGAAACAAGGCCUACAAAACACAAACCUCUUACUUACAGAGGCUUACUGAAAAACAUGUAUAAAAAAGAUUAAUAUUGGAGUUUUAAUUUUUUUUUAUUAUCUUAAAAGUGUAAACAUCUUUUCUGGUGAUUGAAACUAAGUUUAUUUCAAAUUCAAAUCCUAUACUCAGUGACAGGAAAUUCAGCCCCUCUGACAGUUGUAUGCAAAAUAUAAAUGGGACACACAUACAUGCCCAGCAGGAUUGUCAGUUUUAAGUGUGGGAUCGGUUUAGUUUAUGACUUUCCCAGCAUUUUCUAGGUUUAUAUGUGCAAACAUUUGUGCACACAUGCAUAUCAAUAUGGAUACAAUCUUAAGAACUUAACUCCUUUGGUGAUAUCUUCUUUCCCCUCUGUUCAGUGAGAGCAUAAACCAUGUUACUAAUUUGCUUUGGGGUUAAUAACUGCAGAAUAUCUCUGAAAGAAUCAGUUACUUGAAACCUCUUUUAAAAUAAUUUUGAGCAAGGGAUUUUUUUCUCUUGAAAAGAUUACAAAAAGUUGUUCUCUCUCAUGCUUUCCAUGUGAGUAUCUAUUACAGAGAACCAUUUGCUUUUCCUUUGAGAUGACUUUUCAGUGGGAUUCAUCCAUGCAGUGAGCCAAUCUCUACCCCAUGAUCACAAGACUUGGGCUUUUCUCCUUUUUGAACAAUUUCUUACACUCAAAAACAGGGAAAUAAAAACAUGUCUAUGGAGGAUGUUUUGUAAUUUGUUGCACCUCUAGAAGUAUCUCAGAAAAUACAUACUCUAGAGAUGGUUUGUUUCUGAGAGCUCCUAGUAGCCACUGAGCUGAUUUGGUACUUGCCAACACUGUCUUCAUCCAACUCAUGGCAGUCUGAAAGAUCCAGUGUUUGGGAGCAGCUGUAGAAUUGUAGAAUAUGUUGAGAGUAUAUCUGCCUGUAAAGAAAAAUAAUUUUUUCUGACUUGUUUACUUAAACUUCAAGAAGUAGAAAAUGUGCUACAUUAAUGUUUCUGUCCCUAGAAAAUGAAAAAGCAGAUUAGUUAUUUUUAUUUUUUUUAUUCCCACAGUAAACAUUUUCUGAUUAAUCUCUUUGCCUUUCUUAAAUAAACCGAUGUUAUACAGUAGAAUUUAAAUAUGUUAUGGUCUGUAUUGUCUUUACAUUAUAUGGGGUUUUAAAGAAUGGAAUAUAUCAAAUUUGACAAAAAAUGACCUAAUCAUGAGAACUAAUAUUUAAUCAGACAUGUUUUUUCACCACAGCUGUAACAUGUCGGGCUUGCUUGCACACAAGACUGUCUUGGCCUGUUUUGAGUAGACAGGCAUCUCCCUUUUUGUUCAGACUUUAGAGGUUUUAGAUAAAGCUGCAAGAAUGUGCUUUUGCAAAUUAAAUUUUUUUAAAGAAACUCUUUGGAAUUCUGGAGUAAAUGUAUUUAUUUACCACUAUGUGCAACGACUGAUUUUAGUGUUUGUGACUACAGAACACUGUGCAGAAAUAUUAAACUUACUUUGUUUGAAACAAUAAUGUCUUUCCCUACCCAAGGUCAGAAACACCUCAAUAAAUGACUUCCACUGGAUAUGGAAUUAUUUGA